GCUGUCUUACACACUUUCUCUGCACUUUCUUUAGAACAGUCACCCACCCAAAACCCCAUAGAGACUGUGUCUGUCCCCCGACCACCUAAAUUAUUUAAAGAAAUAAAAACAAGAGGAGUUCAACAUAAAAAUCUAAUAAAAAUUAAAACCAACUCCUCAGUAGCACAAAAUAAGAGAAUGAAAUGUGGGCUGUUAAAUAUCAGGUCUCUGUCCUCUAAAGCUGUUUUAGUGAAUGAAUUAAUAUCAGACUAUGAUAUUGAUUUACUUUGUCUUACUGAGACCUGGUUGUCCCACGAGGAGUAUGUUAGCCUAAAUGAAUCCACCCCCCCCAGUCAUAUUAAUACUCACAUUCCUCGAGGCACAGGCCGAGGAGGUGGAGUAGCAGCUAUAUAUGAUUCGAGCGUUUUAAUGGACCCUAAACCUAAACUAAAUUAUAAUUCAUUUGAAAGCCUUGUUCUUAGUCUUUCUCACCCAAACUGGAAAACACUGCAGCCAGUUCUAUUUGUUAUAGUGUACCGCGCUCCUGGACCGUACUCUGAUUUUAUAUCUGAAUUCUCAGAGUUUCUAUCAAGUUUAGUCCUUAAAUCAGAUAAAGUAAUUAUUGUAGGUGAUUUUAAUAUUCAUGUGGAUGUUAACAAUGACAGCCUUAGUAAAGCAUUUAUAUCAUUAAUAGACUCAAUUGGCUUCUGUCAAUUCAGCCUCUUCAGCACUGUAGCCAGGCUGACAGAGAGUCACAGCUCUAUUGAGCCACAUAUCCCCAUAAACUUAAGUAGCAAUGACUUCAUGAGCUUCUUCUAUAAUAAAAUUAUUACUAUUAGAGAGAAAAUUAAUCACCAACUGCCAUCAACAGUUAUCAGUGGCUCUCCAAGUCCAGGGACUUCUGUCAAUGUAAACUUAGAUAUAUAUUUAGACUGUUUUUCUGCUAUCGAUCUUCAUCAGGUAACUUCAAUCAUUUCUUCAUCGAAGCCAUCAACCUGUCUAUUAGACCAGAUCCCAACUAGGCUGCUUAAAGAAGUUGUUCCCUUAAUUGGCACUUCUUUACUGGAUAUGAUUAAUCUUUCUUUAUUAUCAGGAUAUGUACCACAGUCCUUUAAAGUAGCUGUAAUUAAACCCCUUCUUAAAAAGCUCACUGUGAUUGCAACAACAAACUACAAAUACAACAUGAAGAAAGUCAAGGACAUGCAUGCCAGCUUCUGCUCAUCCCAGUAUUAAGGUAAAUAUGGUCUUAAUUGAAAAUGUAUUGGCUGUGUUGAUUCUUUUUUGUGGGAUGUCCAAUUUAUAUGUAGAAAUGCACAUUUGCGAAGGUGACUUGGUAUGUUGUCGUAAAAGUGGCUCUCCCUUGAUUUUGCUCUGCCAAUGUGGCUCUUGUGAAAGAAAUAGUGAGGAUCACUGAUCUAGAGUAACUAUAUCUUUAGACAGUUCUGAGUUUAACAUCAGAAAAUUGCAGCACAUCCAGAUUUUUAUAUCCUCAAGACAUGUUUGUUAUUUAGAAAAUGGGGGAUUUCCCAUGGUGCACUGAGCUCCUCCCUUCCUCUCUCUUUCUGCACUCAUUCAUGUUCCAUUAAUGCAUGUUACUAACUUCACUUCUUCCCCGGAGUUCUUGUGCUUUCUCGUCUCGCAGGUUCUUAUCGAUCCUGGUGGAGCCUCCUGCCAUGGUCCUGCUAGACUGCCAUUGCUAAUAUUGCUGAUGUUAUUGUUAUUAUUAUUAUUAUUAUUAUUAUUAUUACUACAGUUACUAUUAUUACUAUUGUCACUGCUCAUUGUCCCUCAUCGUUGCUGUUGUCGUCAUCUUACUGUAUUUACAUCUGUAUAAUUUUGACAUCAUAACUGCACACUAUGUAAUACAGUGUGUGUGUUACUGUGUGUUACUGUGUGUGUGUGAGUGUGUCUGUGUGUGUAUUAGCAGGACAAUUGGUCAGAAUACACACCACACUGGAAGGACAUUUUGUAUUAACAGGACAGGAGCAGUGUCCUGUUAAUGUGGAAAGCAUUCUAAAGAUGUAGAAGUGUUUCUGUUGGUCCAUUGACCCUAAAAAUGAAAAAAAAAAACAGAUGACCAUUUAAUACACAUAAACCUGAUUUUAUGUAUAAUCUGUGUACAACACAGCGCCCCCUAUGGCUGCUAGCGCAGGCAACGCGUCAGUCUUCACCUACGCCGCUGUUACUACUUGUCGAGGCGAAGCGCUGUGAUUGGUUUACCUGAUAGGAUCAUAUUUCCGCUGUUUCACACGCUGAGCCCCGCCAUUUGUAAAUGCAGGGUCACUGUAGUUGACAGUCCCCUGCUGCCCUGGGGGUGAAUCGCACCGCGACCAAACAUGAGACGGAGAGACACAGAAGUCUGAACGGUUCAUCAUGAGAAUUGAAACACAAAGCCUCAGUUUGGACCUGGUGUUAACAUUCAUUUUUUGUGACUGGGUCACAAGUGGACAGCUUUAAAUACAGGUGUGGACACACUUAAUGCGUCUUGAAUGCGCAUAUGGAUUCGAUCACUCAAACCACAUUUGGAAGCCAGUCUGAGCCAUAUGUAUCUGCAUUCUUACAGUACAGCAAACACCCAUGGGGCCUGGGCCACAUUAAGGACAGCCUCCUUAGCUAAGUAGGUGACAGUCAGUACCUGUUUGCGCGCCACUGCCUCAGGCCUCACAACUCGUCUUACUCAUUUUAACCAUUGGUGUAUUUCACUGGACGCUGGCUCAUAUGAUGCAUUGUAUAGUAUGAUCUGAUUGUUCUAGAGCAGCUUAAAAACUUAAAAAUGCACAUAAAGUUAAGACAGCAGUGGAGGCUUCUUCUUGAGCAGAUUAGUACACGUUGAUCCACUGUGGUGACCAUGAGUGUAGGGCUUGUGGAGAAAUGGAGGCGAACGUAGUGGGUUUCAUCCAGCAGGUGAACAGUGGGGUGAAGGAGACAGUCCACUUCAAGGUAAGCCAGAGUGGUCUGUGCACAGCCAGUACAGUUGAUCCCAGUAAGAUCUGUCACUAAUGUAAAGGUAGCGGUCAUUGGAACUGUGAAUGCCCUGUUAAGUUCAGUGGUAAAAGCGUGCAUGCUAAGCCUAUAGCAUUUACUGCUUCUGUUAGGAGAAAUAAUCUUUCAAGUUCACCACAGGGUGAAACAACCCCUGUGUUACACCCUGUGAUGCAUAUCCUGGUGAGCAGGUUGGGCCUGAGAUGGAUUGCAAUUUGGAGGAGCCUGAUUUUCUUGCUUUUGUGUCUGACAGCUAUGUGUCAUUGGUUGGUAGUGAUGUACAGGUACCUGCAUACUGCAUACUAACAUUCAUUCUUUGUGAUUUCAGCGCUGGUUUUUUCUCAGAAUAAUGAUACUGGCGACUGUGUUUUGAUUAGGAGAAUGGGUUUAAAUGUGUUACCUGUUCUAGUGCACUGGCUCCAGCUGGACUGGGGUUUGGUUUAUGGGGAGGUGGCCAUGGCCUCUGCGUGCUCCUGUGAGUGUACUCAGACACUGUGAAUGAACCAUGCACACUGGUCAUGAGCCGAGCUGCGCCAUAUCAGCUCUGUAACGUCUAAUUUCAUAUGAAUGAGGUCAUUUCUGCUUCAUGCUAUUAGAAUAUAAACUAUAUUAAUAAAGAUCACAGAAGAAAAUGUGUACAUUUGGUGAGUGAUACAUGUGCGGCUCACGGUCCUUGUAUCAGUUCAAAGGGAGGGAUUACGCAGUACGCAGCCAGGGCUCUGCCAAGCACUAAAUGAUUGGGUGAAUAAAUCUUGUGAACAAAUCUUUUUGAUGAACUGAUUCUAGUGAUUCAGUACCUUCUAAAGAACUGCUUUGCCCAUCACUAGCAUCUGUUCUCCUCACCACAAUAAAAGAAGUGACCUUCCGUGCAGGUGGAUUUGCACGUCCUUUUCAAACGUGUCAAAUAAAGACGCAAAAUUAAAGACUGCGAACAUCCGGCUUGGUCGAUUGCACUGUGCGUACUAAAGGAAAUAAUUUACAUCAUGUCCUCCCAGUAUUUUGCUCACAGUGGCAGAAACGCCCCAGAUUGCAUAUUCAUCAGGACAAAUGCGCCAAAAAGGAAACUGCAGCCGCAGACUGAUAAAGGUGUCUGUGGGGUUCUGAAAUGUACACUCCAAUCAAAAGAUUUACCCACAUUUGGUUCUUAGUGGGUGUUGUUCUCUAACCCUGCUUUCAUUCCCAUCUUUGUAUUCUAGAAGCAAUGCAGAUGAACAACUUCAGCAGGGAUACAUUUCUGUCUGUGGGAUUUCAAUUGUUGUUUAUCGGUACCAUCAUUAAUUAUGUUGAAAUGCAUAACAAAUCAAGUUAAUUAAAUAAAUUAAAAUGUUUGUCCAGUUUUAGGCAUUUGUGUAAAAUAGCGUAACACACACACACCAGGGUUUGUGAGCUCAGGUAUGUGUAGCUGCAUCAGGGCGUCCCUCAAGUCUAGGGAAAACCCUGCAAAGCCCCCCUAGAAAGGCGUUCCAGUGCCUCUACUUUCUGUGUGUGCUAAACUGCUCAAGACCUUCUACUGCUGCUCUAGUGACAACAGACCAGUUGUUCUGUUUCACUGCGCCUCCCAUCCUUUUGUUUUUUUCAGGGGUUUUAUUAUUUUUUUAAAUAUCUUUCCCAAUAAAUUACUUUGUAAAUUGGAUGCUUUGGUGUUGACUCCCUUUUUAAAAUGUUAUAGUCACUUAUAUUGAGCCAUGCCAAAAUCUUGUCAAGGUUUUAAAUGAUUAUAUUAAUAUAUUUAUUUAUACCUUUCAUGUACAGUGUAUAUCAUAUUUUUAGAACGGAUCUUGUCAUAAAAGGUGUCUGAUUUUCCCUAAUAUAACUUUAUGUUACUUCAUAUAUAAGCACUGGAGUCAGCCUUUGGAGAGUGAUGGAUACAGAGACUGCUGGUGGGAGAUACCAUUUGACUGUUGCCUCUAAUAAAAGCAAAAUGUAUGAUAAACUAUUUAUUUUGAAAGGUUGAAUGAAGGUAACAAAAUAUCACUCAAACGCAUUUUUUUCUUGUUCUUGAAUAAAUCAAUUUGCUCUUUAGAAAAAAAAGGAAUUCUCGUCCUUUUCUCAUCCCCCCUCCUCUUCCAUCAACUUGAUACCGUCCUGUACAUUCAGGUGUGAGCCGUGAAGCGCUAGUUGAACGCUUCAACCUGUUGCAGGUGUGGAAGAUAGGUUGUAUUUGUUUUGUGCCGUCCUUAGUGCCGCGUUCGCUAUCUGCCCACGUGAGCGCAAUGCCAAACUGCCAAAGUGACGUCACGUUUAAUAUGCCAAACUUUUGUGAGCUUAAAAAUCAUCAGCGUGAUAUUAUUAUCCUGGAUACUAAUCCUUAGAAAUAAGAUGUUUUUGAUGGAAAGGUUUUGUGACGCUGUACAUAGAAAGUGAGAGACUGAUACUGUUGACUUAAUUCAUACAGCAUGUACACAUACAAUAACAUUAGGUCAUUCAUGAAAUAACUACCAGAAUACAUUAUACAUACAUAGAUAGAUCUAUGAAUAAUUACAGUUUAAAUUCCUUAUAAUCUUUUCUCUCACCAAUAUACAUAUGUUCUAUCUGUCUAUCAAAUACAGUAAUGUGUUGUUGCUCCAGUCACUAACGUGAUCUUUGCAGGAGAUGGCAGCAACAAGGCCACAGAGAGCUAAAAGAAAUCCCAAACAAGAUGCUUCUUAUUAUUGCUCCUUAGGUGAAGAUAAGGAAGGAUUUGAUGUCAAAUAUAUUGAUUCAUUUAAAGGUGAGUUGCCAGAGAAUAUUAUGCAAAGGCUUCUUUUUUUUUUUUUUAAACUGCAUUUUAGGAACCUAGAUCAUGUUCUAUGAUCAUUAUCAUAGAACAUCUUAUUGAUCCCAAAGCAGCUGCUCAAAAUAGAAGCCGUUAUGUUGGAUCAUUCAUUUUUUUUAGGGAGGAUAAUUAAUUGUAUAUCUAGCUAGAUACUUUAAUUAUAAUAGAAAAUGUUCAUGGAUUAAUCCAUAGAAAUAAUUUGGUAGUGAAGAAGCCAUUCCACCACUCAACUGACAAAAAAUGUUUAAAUAACCACAAAAAACAACAAAUUAAAUUAAUUAACUGAUCAAAAAGUGUUAAUCAUUUCAAUUGCUCCUAUUUGACAGCUCUGCAUUGUUUAGAGUUUAUUACUCUCCUUUGCUUAUCAUGUGUGUCUUUAGGUCGGGGUGUGUUCAGCUGCCGGCCCUUUGAAAAAGGAGAUUUCCUCAUUGAGUACAGAGGGGAAGUCAUUACUAAAAAGGAACAAGAAGACCGAGGGAAAGUUUACCAUGACGCACUCAAAGUUUUUCUGUUUGAUUUCCAGUUCAAUGGACAACAGUUAUGGUCUGUAAGUGUUUUAAGGUGUAUUUUCUAAAUGUGUAUUUAAACACAGAGAUGCAAACUCUGCUACCUCAUCAUCAGUUAAAGUAGUUUCAAUCAUGAAAUACAGUGCCAGACAAGUACUGAAAUUCUUACUGUUCGAUGAAUAUUUUGAAUUGUUGGUGGGAUAUUCUUCCGACAUGCUAACACUAAAUAUGCUCAAUCCUUUCCCUUACAGUACAAGGUAUAAUUGUUAUUGUAUACUUGAUAUUUUAGUGUUGAUGCUGCAAGAGAGGACGGAUCACUAGGGAGACUGAUAAAUGACGAUAAAGUGAACCCAAACAGCAAAAUGAAAGUCACAAGAGUGGAUGGAAGACCCCAUCUGUGUUUAUUUGCACUCAAAGAUAUUGGUCCAGGGGAAGAAAUCACUUAUAAUUAUGGUGAUUCCGACUGGCCAUGGAGAAGCAAGACUUCCAAAGAGAUGAAUGCAGUUCCCUUGCAGUCAUCAUACCAGAGGACUGUGAUCAUGAUCUCGUCCCUGAAGAAAUGUCAAGUUUAGAAAAAUGUGUCGCAUGUAGAGGACCCUUUUCACCUCUGAAAUGGUCAGUUGUGAGGUGUGAAGUUUGCUACGAGUCCUGGCACAAAAAGUGUUAUGUUAAGCACAAAGGUGAACAUCACUGAACCUCUGCCAGUGGUCUGUGAAGAACAAAGUUCAAGUGAGGUGGCAUCAUCAGAAGAGGAAUAUGUGCCUGAUUCCACAGCUGAUUCCAGCAGCUCAUGGGACGGCAUUGCAGAGCCUUUAAAAAUCAGUCGCAGACAUUUAGAAUUACAGAAUUUUGAGGUGUCCACCAGCAAGUCUGCUUCAAAAAACAAAAGACACCACCAAGAAAGUUUUGUAGAGGAAGAGAGAGAGUCAGUUUCUGAAGCUGCAGAAUCAUUAUCUGAAGAUGCAAUCAGUGCAAGUCAGCUUGAAGUAUCAGGAGUUACUGCAAAAGUAGGAAAUGCUGAUGCUGAAGGCAUAAUUGUUGAUGAUAGCGCUGAUGCUGGGGCUGAACAGGUCUCAAACACAUCCUCCUCUCUCAAAAAUAAAACUUACUGCUAGAUUUGUGGAAAACUACAGACAAAGUUUACACGUCACCUAAAAUGUCACGAGAAAACACAUGCAGAUGUUGCUCAAGUUUUCAGUCUUCCCAAGAAGUCCAAACAGCGCCAGAAAAUGCUUAAAAAACUACACAACGAGGGAAACCACAUCCAUAACUCGGAGGUCUUAGCAAGUGGAGUUGGAUCGCUAAAACUAAGACGCACAGCAAAGACAAAAUACAAUGCAAAAGACUAUAUUCACUGCAUGUACUGCCAGGCAUUAUAUCUCCGAAGAGAUCUGUGGCGACAUGUUAGAAAAUGUUCUUCAAAACCAGUAGAAGCCAAUUCAGAGAUUGGAAGAAAAAAGGUUUUGUCUUUGGCCUCUAUGAAUGAGUCAGCUCUGUGUCAGCAAAUAUCCCCAGGUGUUUGGAAGAUGUUAGCUGUCAUGAAAGAUGAUGAGAUAACUGCUACUGUGCGAAGUGACUUCUCUAUUCUUCAGUUGGCCCAGUCAUUUUUUAACAAACAUGGACAGGAUCCCACCAGAUAUGACUACAUUCGCCAGACACUCAGAGAAAGUGGAAGACUUCUGCUUACGCUUCAGAAGGAAUUCUCAAUACAUACUCUUGAGGAUGCUGUGAGACCUGCAAAUUUUGAUGUGGUGAUCAAAGCUGUCAAGAAAGUGUCUGGGUACGAUGACGAAAAGCACUGCUACCAAACUCCAAGCCUUGCAUUAAAGUUGGGUCACUCACUGCAGAAAGUCGGUGACAUUUUACAUUGCAGAGCACUGAUGGCACAAGACAGUAACCUGAUAAAGUCAACCCUGAGUUUCAAAACCCUCUAUGCUACAAAGUGGUCUGAACUCAUCUCCCACACCACUUUAACUACGCUGAAUGAGCGCCACUUUAACAGAAGAUGUUCAGCGUCUUCAUAGACAUCUGCAUUUGAGAAGACUACAGAACAAGCAUUGAAGGACUUGGAAGACCACAGUUCACCAAAAUCAUACAGUGAACUUUGUAAAGCCACCAUGGCAAAUGUAAUACUUUUUAACAGGAGAAGAGGGGGAGAAAUUUCAAAGAUGACGCUGAAUGGCUUUCUGGAGUAUUUAAAGUUGUUUAAGUUAAAAAUGAGAACUGUUUCUAGCAAAUGUGUUUUAGCAAAAUGGAACACACGUUGUAUGUAGGCAAUCUAUAGCACUUGAAUCUCAUUAUUCAUCAAGGUAAUAUAAUUUAUUUUCUUAGAUAACCUACAGUUGACCGAUUCAAGUGCAGAGAAUGAGGUCGAUGCUGAGAGUGAGGUCGUUUGUUUUAUUUAUGAAAUCACAUGACUAAUGUUAAACUUUAUUACAGAUUCUGCAGAGAUGAAAAGAACGAGGAAGCUCCAGGCACAUAUUUAUUGUCACCACAUGGUUCUGCAGGACUGCUGAUUGCUAGGCAACCUGUCGAGGAACCUCCAGGCAUGUCUGCGCCAUUAUCACAAGCACAAAUUGAAAACGCAGACGGUAAGGGCAAAGAACCCAGCAAAAAACAAAAGAAGGAAAAAGAGCCCAGCAGAAAAAAGAAAACGAAUAAACAAUCUGUUUCUCUGGAAAGUGCUAGGAGAGCAAAAAAGCAUCAAUGGUCUCCCAUGGAGGUUGUCGCGGUCAUGAGACAUUUUGGCGAACACAUCAAAAAAGGAAAACUGGCCACUAUGAUUAAAUGCCAGCAAUGCAAGGAGGCAGAAGAUCCUGCUCUGGCUGGUCGCUCUAUUCUAAACAUAAGAGACUUUGUAAGAAAUCUUGGUGUGUCUUUGAAAAGAAAAGAAAAUCCUGGCUAAAAUAUGGAAAUGUGAUGAAUUGUCCACCAGUGAUGUCAUCAGGACACAUGGAAUAUUCAGGGUUAGAACAUGAGCAAUCUGUGUUCUGAUGACAUCACUGGUGGACAAUUUAAAUAUUUCAGCUUGUGGAGGAGAGGAGAGCUGUACAGUAUAUAUUGUUUGCUGUUGUCUGUCAGUUGGCUUAACAGUUCCGGAGUCACGGUCGUGACAUUGAGUUUAAAAGGGGGGGUUGAAGCUUUGUUUUCCUGACAUGACGCUGUAUGCAGUGUUUUGUGUUGCUCUCUGCAAGGACAAAGAUAGGUGUCUGUCCCUCGAGUUCUUCAAGAAGACGCGUUUACUCUUUUCUCAAGCCAGACGCGUGUCGACAUGCAUAAUUUCAUUUUGCCAUUCAUUAAUUUUCAUUUCUGUUUACAAAUAGUAUGGAUUCUGUUGCUCUAAUACUUAAGUGAAGGCACUGUAUCACACAGUCCACUUGUGUCUGUUUAAGGUUCCAUUUAUCCAUGUUUGACCCUUUAAUACACAGAGCUUACAUGUUUGUGUAUGUGUAUGGCCAUGACAAAUAAAGUUGCCCCUGGUAAUUACUAUUUGUGUCAUGGGCGGAGCUAA